AUGUAUUUAAGUGGUCUUCAACAACAACUUCUAGUUGCACUUUAUGAUCUUGAUCAAUCCAUAGCUAAAGUCCAUAAAUUGAAAGUGAAUCUUAAGGAUGUUGAGAAUUUCAUUCAGUCAUUAAAAGAGAAACUAGAUAAGUCAAGGGAGAAGAAAAGGGAACUAUGUGAUCAGCUAAAGCAGAAAGAAAGCCAAAGCAUAGAUGAUGAUCACUUUAAUGAAGCCUUGAAGGAGAAGACAAAAGAAUGUGAGAAGCUUGCAAAAGACAAUGUUGUCCUAAAGCAUGAGAUGGAAUUUAUAGUGAUGGGGUUGACCAAGGAGAUUGAGGGAAGGAAGAAGAAAGAAGAGAAUAUUAAUCAAUCCAUAAAAGAUAGAUCUAAUGAAUGUUGCGGACUUAAUUAUGAAAUCGACCAGUUGAAGCUUGAACUACAUCAAUCCAAAAACAAUGAGGAAGAGCUUGAAAGGAAAAUUGUCAUUCUUAUAGAUGAACUUGCUACUGCAAAUGAGUACAAGGAAAAGUUUAAGAUUAUCUCAACAAAACUUGAUGUGUUGUUGUAG